GGUACCGAAAAGUCAAGCCACAGUCCUUCCUGCACGUUCCGACCAUCGCCAUUCCGAACGAGGCUGAGAUUUCUGCUUCGUUCGCAUUCAAUUGAUAUUACCCACAUCAUGCUACUGUUCACCAAUGAUACCUCCUCCAAAACGUGUUUGUUGCUUUUGAAAAGAUUCAGUACAUGAUCAUGUGGCUCUUGAACACAACCUCACUUCAACUGGAGUACGUCAACAGCUCAGAAGACCAGACUUAUGCGAUUCUAUCACAUACAUGGGAAGAUGGCGAGGUCAGUCUCCAAGAAUUGGCGAACCUUGAACAAGCGAAUAAGAAGAAAGGCUUCUCCAAGAUUGAAUGGACCUGUCGCCUUGCGCGUGAACGAGGGAUCAGCUAUGCUUGGGUAGAUACAUGCUGCAUCGACAAAGCUAGCAGUGCUGAGUUGACUGAAGCGAUAAAUUCCAUGUUCAAGUGGUAUAAGGAUUCUGCAGUCUGUUUCGUGUUCUUGUCAGACCUUGUUCCCUCAGCCUCACCCAUGAACGAAUGGGGUCUCGAUUUUCAACGGUGCAGGUGGUUCACGCGAGGCUGGACUUUGCAAGAGCUCAUUGCGCCAGAGUUGGUUGAGUUCUAUGAUCAAAACUGGAAUCUUAGAGGAGACAAGAGUUCCUCACGGUCAACCCUCUUUGAUAUCACGGGUAUCGAUAUUGAAGUGCUUGCAGACAGCGAGAAGAUGGCAACAAUUCCAGUGGCAAAGCGGAUGUCAUGGGCCUCGAUGCGUCAAACUACCAGAGUUGAAGAUACUGCUUAUUGUCUAUUUGGGAUAUUCGAUGUAAACCUACCUUUGAUCUAUGGAGAGGGUCCGAAAGCUUUCAUUCGACUCCAGGAAGGCAUUGUGCAAGAGACUUUUGAUCUCUCCAUUGGCAGAUCCUGGUCUACAGACCACUAA